UCCCGGCCCGUUCCGGGGCGGAGCCGCUCGGGGCUGCUCGGGACCGCUCGGGGCGCGGAGCCGCCCUGCGCGGCGAUGCCGGGGCUCCCCCUGCCUCUCCUCCUCCUCCUCCUCCUCCUCCUCCCCGCCGGCCCCCCCCUGCUCUGGGCGCAGCCCUUCCCUCGGGACCUGGUUCCCCGCAGCACCGUGGGGCUCGCAGCCACCGCCGCCUACCCCCGGUUCGGGGGCCUCCGGGGGGACAACGCCACGGCGCAGCUCGGCCUCGACUUCCAGCGCAUGCUGCGGCUCAACGGCACCCUCUUCGUGGCUGCCCGGGACCACAUCUACGCCUUCGACCUGGGGCAGGACAAGGGGACGCUGUACCCGGAGCGGCACCUGACCUGGGAGACCCGGGACAGGGCCAACUGCGCCAUGCGGGGCCGGCUGCAGGAUGAGUGCCACAACUACAUCAGGGUGCUGGUGCCCCGCGACGCCCGCACCCUCCUGGCCUGCGGCACCAACGCCUUCAGCCCCCUCUGCCGCACCUACAAGGUGAGCAGCCUGGAGCAGGAGGGUGAGGACGUGAGCGGCCAGGCCCGGUGCCCCUUUGACGCCCAGCAGAGCAUCGUCGCCCUCUUUGUUGACGGCAGCCUCUACUCCGCCACCGUGGCCGACUUCCAGGCGAGCGAUGCUGUGAUUUACCGCAGCCUCAGCCCCGGCCGCCCGCCCCUGCGCACCCUCAAGUACAGCUCCCGCUGGCUGCAGGAGCCCCACUUUGUGCAGGUGCUGCCCUACGGCCCCUUCGUCUACUUCUUCUUCCGGGAGGUGUCGGUGGAGCUGCGGGCCAUGGGCAAGGUGCUGGUGGCGCGCGUGGCCCGCGUGUGCCGCAACGACGGCGGCGGCUCGGCGCGGGUGCUGGAGCGGCGCUGGACCUCGUUCCUCAAGGUGCGGCUGCUCUGCGCCAUCCCCGGAGACUCCGUCUUCGCCUUCGACGUCCUGGAGGCUGUGACCCCACCAAGGGCCCUGCGCGGCCGAGCUGCGGUGCUCGCACUCUUCGGCACCCAGCCCAACAGCAUCCCCGGCUCCGCCGUCUGCGCCUUCUACCUGGCGGACGUGGAGCGGGCGUUCGAGGGCCCCUUCGCUGAGCCCCGCGGUGCCGCCGGCGCCUGGACCCCGGUGCCCGAGGAACGGGUGCCCCAGCCCAGGCCCGGCUGCUGCGCUGGGAUGGGAGCGGCCGCGGGCAUCAGCACCUCCGGGGACUUCCCGGAUGAGACCUUGGCCUUCGCCAAGGAGCAUCCCCUGCUGCACGGGGCCGUGGAGCCCGCGGGAGGGCGGCCCCUGUUCACCCGCACCGGCACCAGGCUGACGCGGCUGGCGGUGGACACGGGCGCGGGGCCCUGGAGGAACCGGACCGUGCUCUUCCUGGGUGCGGAGGACGGGCGGGUGCUGAAGGUGCUGCUGGCGGCGCAGCAGCCCCCCGCGGGCACCCCGGCACCCGGUGACAGCGACGGGGACCCCGGCUCUGAGGCGCUGCUGCUGGAGGAGAUCAGCCUCUAUGACCCCAAGCGGUGCCGGGGCCGGCGCGGUGCGAGCCGGGUGCUGGGGCUGGAGCUGCACGGGCCGGGCCGGGAGCUCUUCGUGGCCUUCGCGGGGUGCUUGGUUCGCCUGCCCCUGGCGCGCUGCGCCCAGCACGGGGCCUGCCGGAGGAGCUGCGUGGCCGCGCGGGACCCGUACUGCGCGUGGCUGCCCCCCGACGGCUGCGUCCCCGCCCCCGAGCACCUCCCGAGCGGCCUCGAGGAGGGCGCGGACGGAGCCGUCGGGAGGUGCCCAGAGCCGGCGGGGGACGGGGACGGGAACGGGGACGGGGACGGGAACGGAGCCCACGGGGUUCCCGGGCCCGGAGCGGGCCCCGCCGCGGUGCCGGUGCCGGUGCUGCUGGGUUCGGUGCUCGGCGCCUUCGCUCUGGGCGCGGUGGCCGCGGGGCUGCUCUCGGCCUCCUGCCGCCGCCCCCCCAAGCCGCCCCCCGCCGCCCCCCGCCUCUGCCCCGCGCUGCCCCCGGAGCCUCCGCAGCGCGGCCCCCACCGGUGCCUGGAGCCCGCGGGGCCGGGACCCCCCCCCCCCCAUCCCGGGGCCGCGCUGGAGGAGCUGCGGCAGCGCCCGGGGGGCUCGGGGCUGCCCCCCCCGCCCGGCCCCGGCUCCUUGAACCGGGUCCAGCCCCGCGGCCCCGGCCCGCAGCGCCUGGACGUGCCCCCCGACAGCCCCCCCCCGGCCCGCAGAGCCCUGGCCCAGCGGCGCUCGCUGGAGGGGGGGCUCCCCCGCAGGACCCCCGGCCCGGAGCGGGGCCUCACCCGCAUGCACUCGAUGGGGGGGCCCGGAGCCCUGCACCGCUCCUGCUCCGUGAAGCCCCCGCUGCUGCCCAAGCCCCUGCAGGCGCCGGCAGCCCCCGGCUGGCCCUGAGCCCC